AUGGAGGAGGACAAGCCGGACCAAGACCUGGCAGCCAACCCGGCCUUGGCCUGCGAGGACCAGGACGGCGAGGUGGUGUCAUCCGCGGCCACGUCCUCCACUGCGUCCCCUGGUGCUGUUCCGAACGCCGAGGUGUCCUGCGCCGAACCGGCCCCUCAGAUCCAUCACAACAAGCCAUUCACGCUGCGCAUCUUCGGGAGGAGAAUGACUCUGCUCCUCUGUAUCAUGGGGAACCACUCGCUGACUUAG